AUGGCCCCCGGUGCGACGCUCGGCGGCGCUCAGUCUCUCUCCCAUCAGGGCGUUGCUUUAUUUGCUAAGGAUCAUGGCCGAGUCAAUCUACACCAAUUACCCCCUGACCUAACCCCAGCUCAGCAAGAGCACUUAGUCACUACGACCAAAGACUGGGCAAUCCAAAAUGGCCUGGCAGUCCGACCAAGUCCAACUGCCCUUCCCGCUGGCGCAGAUUCAAAUCGAGUGUUAGCAACAAACGCUCCAGUGACACUCUUCCCCAGCCCUUUUCCGAAAGCCUGCUUCGAGGAAGCUCAAGCUUUACAGACCGUAUACAACCAACUAUAUGCUGCAAUCACCUGCAAUGAGGAAUGGCUGGGGAAGGUCAUGGGAGAGCUAAUUGAUGUGGACGACUUUGUUGCGAACCUCUGGAAAACUCAUUUGGCGGUACAAAAGGAAGGAUAUGUCCAGAACCUGUCCUUAGGCCUCUACCGUUCUGAUUAUAUGGCCCAUGUUGCGCCCAACCGUGCUCCAGCGUUGAAGCAAGUUGAGUUCAACACAAUUUCGUCGUCAUUUGGAGGACUGUCAGCUCUUGUGAGAUCUCUGCAUACGGAGCUCCUUACGUCCCCCCCGGGUACCCCAAUCACCUACCCACCUCACCCGCUCCUACAAUCCGGCGUACCACCCGAAAAUACAUCCGUCGAGACUCUUGCAGGAGGUUUGGCAACGGCACACAAGGCUUAUGGAUCAUCAAAGUCUACACCUGAGCUUCCCUUGUGUGUUAUUUUUGUAGUCCAGGACGGAGAAAGGAACGUCUUCGACCAACAUGCCCUCUCAAAGCGGCUUACAGGGUUCCAUCAGAUUCCUGUCUUCCGUGUUCGCAGCAGCGAGCUCUUUGAUCAAACAUCAGUAUCUGACUCCAACCCUUCUCGGCCCUUGAUCUAUCGCCCUCCUUACUCUCCGUCAUCCGCAUUCGAAGUGACAACUGUCUAUCUUCGUGCUUACUAUUCACCCGAUGAAUACAAAUCUAGUCGUGACUGGGAUGCCCGAGUACACCUGGAACGCUCCGCGGCUAUCAAGUGUCCCACCGUGCUCAACCAAUUGGCUGGCUGCAAAAAGGUCCAACAAGUGCUCGCAGAGCCGACGGGCCCUGAUCACCUUUCAAGCUUCCUUAAAGGCACUGAUCCUACAGUGAUCGCGAGACUGCGAGAGACAUUUGCUCCACAAUAUGACCUCUCAGCCAACAGUCAAGGUCGGAAUCUGGCUCUCAACGCCGAGACAGCCCUGAACCAUGUUCUCAAGCCCCAGCGAGAAGGUGGUGGUAACAACAUCUAUAAAGCUGAGAUUCCAGGCUUCCUUCAAUCUAUUCCAGAGACAGACUGGAAGGGCUGGGUGCUGAUGGAGCUCAUCAAUCCCGCGCCCGAUGCUGUGAAUGUCGCUCUACGGAAUGACGGAGAAGUCCUCCGUGGCAACGUGAUCUCCGAGCUGGGUGUUUAUGGUACUAUCUUGUGGGACAACACCGGCAAGGUUCUCCAUAAUGACCAGGGCGGAUGGUUGUUGAGAACCAAAGGCAAAGAAGUGAAUGAGGGGGGCGUGGCCGCAGGCUUCUCCAGCUUAGAUAGCGUACUUCUUUUCUAG